GUGUUGACACCGGUUGUUCCCGCGACAAGGCCGCAAUGGCUGACGGAGGGAAACGGGAGAGGCCGAAAGAGGCUCGCCGCUGCAGUCGCUAUUUUUGCACGGCGGGACGCGGGAUGGAGCCCUUCCUCAUCGAAGAAGUACAGGCUCGUUUGGGCGCCACUCAGGUAGAAUAUGUAGCAGGAAAAGUUUUCUUCAGUACCAGUGUUGAACUGAGUAUGUUGAAGAAAUUAAAGUCGGCUGAAAGAUUAUUUUUGCUGCUGAAGAAAUGUCCUCCACUCUCCUUCUGUGGGAAUAAAGGAAGAAUAAUCCAGGAUGUUCAAAAACUUGUAAAUGAGGAUCCCAGAUGUUGGCUUCAUACAAUUGCUGUCUGGAGAAGUCUUUACGAUCAGGUGGCAAAGCAACUAAACUUCUAUCAAGAAUACCCAGAUUCCAAAAAACAGAAAUUGGAAGAGGAAAAACAUAUUGAAAAUGAAAAGCAAAAAACGCAAAUAAUAUUAGAGACAGAUACUAUUAAAAAUCAAAUUGAAGAUCAGCAAAAAUGUGAUACACACAAUGUUUGUAAAGACAUUUUAUUGCCUCAGAGCAGACUUUUUCUAGAAAACACUCCUGAACUUAUCCAAGACCAAACUAUUGUUUGUGAUAGUUAUUUUAGUUUCAGAGUAUCAUGUCGUUGUAGUGGAAUACUUGCAAAAUUAUUUACUGCCCAGGAAUUGGGAAAAAUUAUCGGAAUAGCUCUUAUGAAGAAUUUUGGAUGGAAAGCAAAUCUUAGAAAUCCUGAUUUAGAGAUCUUUGUGCAUCUAAAUGAUAUUUAUUCUGUGAUUGGGAUCCCUCUAUUCAGACUUCCCUUGGCAAGUCGGGCAUAUAUUAAAACUGCUGGAUUGCGAUCUACCAUUGCUUGGGCUAUGACAUCGCUUGCUGAAAUCAAGGCUGGGGCAUUUGUAUUGGAUCCUAUGUGUGGUCUAGGUACAAUACUUUUGGAAGCUGCAACUGAAUGGCCUAAUGUGUAUUAUUUUGGGUCGGAUAUAAGUGAUUCACAGUUACAAGGAGCCUACUCAAAUAUUAGAGAUGCAAGCCUGAUAGAUAAAAUUGAACUAUUUAAAUCUUCUGUGACUGGAUUACCUUUCCUGUCAGAAAGUAUUGAUGUCAUUUUGACAGACAUUCCAUUUGGAAAAAAGUUCAAAAUAACAGAAGACAUGAAGUUCCUUCCCAGAGUUUUUCAAGAACUUGAAAGGGUGCUUUGUUUUGGAGGGACUGUUGUACUGUUACUUAGUCAAGAACUCUAUAAAUGUAUUUCUAAUGGUAUUGCCCAUGGCUGUCAGACUGAGAGAUCCAUCUUUGCAGAAUCUUCUACUGAUUGCAGACAAAGUGAUUUGAUAUCAGUUGAACAAGAUACCAAAGAAGAAAGUAUUAGUUGUACUGUUUCCCCCUCAUCUCAAGAUGCAAGGAAAGAACACCUCAGUUAUAAAAAGGCAGAUCUUGGUUCUCUGGUGUUCAUAGAAUCCUUUGAAGUUAGUCUUGGCAAGACAAAUGCAUUCAUAUGCAAGUACAAGAAAAUAACCUGAAAGAUCUAGAGGUAGCAACAACAGGCAGGUAUGUAUAAAACACACAUACAUUGAUGGAGUUGACAGUCAAAAUUGCAUAGCAAUCACAGCACAAGAUCCCAAAAGAUUAUAUUAGGAUCUGUAACUGAAAACACUGGACUAUAUUUAGAUGUUUGAGCUGAAAGAGGCAUGGUUGCUAGUCCAGAUAAUUAACAGUGAGAUAACUUUAAGGGACAUUAUUUCUCAAGGCAGUCCUCAAGAUAACCAAUAUGAUGCACUCUCUGAAGUAGCUGAUAAUAGUCUUGCAUCAAUUCUUGGCAUUUACACAUCACCAUUUUGCAAUAUUAGGCAAGAAUCAUGCUUGGUGUGUCAUAGAUAGUGCAUUGUACUAUAUUAUAUUAUAUUCUGCCUUCAUGGGAAUCAUGCAGAAUAUAAGGGUUCUUUGGGAAGAUAUUCAGAAGAAACUUCUGAAAUACCUUUCCUGGAUGCCAGUUCAUUGCUGAGCAUUAUUCAGAGCAUUGGCAGUUGCUUUUCAUAAUCUUGUGUUAUGGAUCCAGGAGAUGAGGAUUCCCCAUUAAUGGAAGUCCUUUUUAUAUUAAUUGUUAUUAGACUGCAGAUUUGUGCCUGAAAAUCAUAAUGAAUCCUGCUUCAGAAAUCAGUGCUUUGCAGCAAGAAAAUCCAAACUCUGUUUUUAGUAUUUUUCCUAGAAUUGUAUGGGAAGUCUCUGAAAAUACAAAACUUCAAAAAAAAAAACCUGAAUCUAAGAAGAUUAAUUUUGCAUCCAUGUAUUUUUGCACACUGAGAACAUUUUGGAGGACAGGUCUCUUUUUACACAAAUUCAUAAUUUAACUAGUAAUAAAAGGUACAUUUAUUUGUAUUCAGAAAGAAAGAUAGAAGCAAAAAGAAAAUAUGCAAACAUUCCUAAUAAAAUAAAGACAUUUGGUCUAAUUCAAGUAAUUAUAUAACCUACUUGGUGGAUUAGAAAUUAUAUAAGUGCCUGUCCCCAGUCCUGGUGGAAGAUACAGAGAUCAUCCCUGAUCGAUACUGCCGCCAGCUCAGAAAUGCGCCUGGCUGACGUGAUAGCGACCAGGAAGGUGACCUUGUGAAACAAGGGGCGUAGAG